GGUUUCAUCCGCCAACAUAAAAACCAAACACAAUCCGUAGGAGAGAGCCGUCCACUCCAUACUCACUCCCUAAUUCUCUUCAACCCAAAUCUCCAUUCCAACAUCGAACCAAACAAUGGGAGUUUUCACCUUCGUCUGUCGGAGCUCCGGUGGCAAGUGGACCGCCAAUCAGUAUUCCGGUGACCUUGAAGGCUCCGCCGACUCCACCUACGAGCUCCAGAGGAAACUCGUUCAAUCUGCUCUCUCCGUCGAUUCCUCCGGUGGCGUUCAGUCCUCUUUCUCCUUCAUUACUCCUACCUCCGCCGUUUUCCAGGUGAUUGUUGGCGGUGGAGGUGGUGGUGGUUUCAUAGGCGGUGGGGCUGCAGCUGCCCCUGCUGGAGGUGAUGCUCCAGCUGCUGCAGAAGCCCCAGCUGAGAAGAAGGAAGAGGUGAAGGAAGAGAGUGAUGAUGAAGACCUUGGCCUAUCACUUUUUGAUUAGUUUGGUAUUAAUUACUUGUUAUUGUUUUUAUCAAACCUCAGAGUUUGUAGCACUCAGGUUUUCUUUUCUGGAAAUUACGUCUAUGCAUUUACUUGAAUUUGCAAGUUCAGUUGAUGUUCUUGUUUAAGGACGUAAAUUUUGUUACUGACCCUUGUCAAAUGGUUGAGAAUUAGAUAUGUUAUUUUGUUA